AUGAAGAUGGCGAGACUGUCACGAGCGGCGGGACUGUCAAACCUAGCCCGGCUGGCCCUGGAGCGCCUGCUGGAGGUGAACGGAGACCACGUCUUGGCUCUGAGGACCCUGAAGGACGUGCUUUCGGAGAUAGGUGACGUCGCCGCCUGCCGCGAGGUGACAACACGGCUCCUCAACCUCGACCCUUACGGCGACAGCGGCUUGUCUUGCGCCGCCGCCGUUGAGCACCCUUCCCCCGUCCCAAUCCACGCCCCCCCCGCCACGACGGCUAACACCCGCGGCGAGCAGCAUCAGCAGGCAGGCUACCCGCUUCCGCGUCGUCGUUGGGCCUCUCCGUCUCGGUCCUCGCCCCCGCACUGCGUGGAGCGAACGCUGGACCUUCCGUCGUGGGAGCGGCUCGGCAGGCUGCUGAUCGACACCCGGGCUUGCAUCGUCCGAGGUCAGCGUCCCGCUCCCCGGGCUGCGCCGGCCAGGACGGCCGCCGGCGCCGGAGAGCUCGUCCCUGCAAGCGCGAGCAGCAGCAGCAGCAGUGCCGCAGUUGCGGCAGGCCGCCUCCCGGGUCGAGGAAGCGGCGACAGCGGUAGUGGCGGCGAUGUUGACGUGCCCUCAGCAGCAGCAGCAGCAGCAGCAGCAGCAGCUGUCUCGACAGCGGUGCCGCGGCCGCCGCUGACCCUGUCAACCCCGGUGCGGAUCGUUCUUCGUCUACGCGACGAGGCUCAAGCUGCGGCUGCUGCUGGCGCUGAUGCUCCCGGCGGCUCCGCUUCUGGCUUGGAAGGCGGAGAGGGCGGCGGCGACGCUGUAGGCGGCGGCGGCGGCGAUGGCAGAAACGGGGUGGACUUAUCAGCAGCAGCGGCAGGGAAUGACUCCCACGAGCACAGCGAGCAAGAGCAGCAUAAUCAACGACGACUUCGACGGCCGUCCGUGGAGAAGGCGAUGGAGUGGUACAGCGAUGGUUCCAGCUCCUCUGACGAUGAUGACGACGGCGGCGAGGAGGAAGGUGGCAAGGGCAAGGGUAAGGGGAAGCUGAACGGGGGCCGCCAGUCGGAGCUGAGAGCGGAGCGGCGGACGUCGGCCAGGCGGCAGAAGCAGGUCGAGAUUCGCGAGGCGGACGUGGCUGCUGCUAGGGAGGAUGACGUCGAGUUCCGCGUGGCCAGCUUGUUCCUUCCGGCGGAGGAGGCCUCGAACGACGACAACGGGGAUGGCGGCCUCGAUGCUGCGGCUACCGUGGGCGAAGAGGGGGAGCAGCAAGAGCCGGAGCACGCGUGGUGGCCGAAGCUCGCGAGAGGUGCUGGCCGAGGCGCUCGAGUCGACGAAUCCGCGGCAGCAGAAGAGGGGGGGGCGUGUGGCGACGCGGGGGAGCUAGAGGAAGAGGAGGUAGCGCUGGCUGCCAAGAUGCUCCCGCGCUGGAAGCAGCGCCACGAUGUAGACUGCCGCAGAUGCGGGGAAGGAGGCAUUGUCUUAUGCUGCGACUUCUGCCACCUGGUCUACCACCCGAGAUGCCUGGAGGUCACCCCGGGUCUGACCAGCCUCUUCGCCUGCUCCGACUGCAAGGAGGAAGCCGCCAUCCUGGAGUGGGAACUCAAGGGCCGAGAUGACGCCGCCAGCGGAGCUGUCGCCGGAGGCCUGCAAGAGUUGCUGCGGGCUGCCGAUGGUCGCGAAGGGAAUGCCGGCGUGGUCGAUCUCAUGUUUAGGUGGUUGAAAGGGGUCACCAAAGCCCCGACGGACGACUUGUGUCUCGAGGCCGCCUAUUGCGCGGCGGACAACAGAGCGAGGGGAGGAGGCCGUGGCGGGGGCAACGCGGGGGUUCCGCAGACAACCGCGGGGGUACCCUCGGGGGGGUAUCAGCUCGCCGCGGUCGCUCUCGCCGUGGAGCCGAUCGUCAGGGGGUACCUGCCCACCCGGUUCACCUGGCCGGCGUUGCUAGCCGUCGGCCCCCCACAAGCCACGGUCGACGUUGCCGCCCCAGGAGAAGACGACGGCCCCGAGCUAGGACUCGCGUGCGAGCUCGCGCUCGCCGAGAUGCGCGUGGACAAGGCUCUGUCCCUGAUGCGGCAGCGCCAGCUUCAGCAGCGGCCCGCUGGCGGCAGCAAGAGCAACGCGCACAGCCUUGCGGGUGUGCAGCCAUCGGCGCCGGUGGGUGGCGCGAAUCCUCCCACGGCGGCGGCGGUGACCGCAGCCGCUGCUCCGGCGGGAACGGCAGGAGCAGCGGCAUCCCCUACGGCGGCAGCGGCGGCAGCCGUGGCUGCAACUGACAGCGCUGCUGCCGAGGUGGGGGGUAAGAAGAACGAGGGUGCAGGCGCCGGAGGAGGAGGAGGGUGUCUGCGCAGGUCCCCGGAAGACCUCGCCAGGGAAGCCUCAGAGAUUCUCGCGGACGCCGACAGGGCCAUCCUGCAGCUGGAGCCUUGGUGCUUGGCUAUCGACAACAGCAACCUUGGCGACGACGGCGAUGGUGCCGCGAAACACGGAGAGUCGAACACCGCACCGUGGGUGCUGGCGGUGCGGUGGUGGUGGCUGAAAGGCAUACGAGCGAGGCAGGGCGGCCAAGCGGAAGAAGCGCUGGAGCACUUCCACCGCUGCGAGAGCGCCCUGCGGGGCAGAGGAAGAGAACAGCAGGCGCAGCAGGGUGGCGGCGUGAGCAGCGGGCAAGAGGAGGAGAAGGGCGACGAAUUCAACGAUGAAGACGAGGAAGAAGUCGCGGUGCUGUUACCGUACUGCUCGGUUCACCCAAGGAUCGAUCUGCAGGUUGUUCGGGGGCUUGUUACCGAUGUAGAACUCUCCGGCACAAGCGAGGCAGCGCGUGAGGCGUUCUCGAGUGCGAUCCUUCUUCUCUCCAAGUGUCCUGCGGUGAGGAACGCAGACACGGCGGCGGGACAGAGGGCGACCGUAACCGCGGGGACCGGCACCGGGGCGACAGCGGAGGCGGCGAGACCGGGAGCGGCAAGCCAGAGCGGCGCUAACGGGAAGUCGGGAGGUACACCUGGCGGCGGCAGCAGCGAUGGUGGCGGCAGCGGCGCUGGUAGCGGCAGCGGCGGUGGCGGUGGCGGUGUGGCCGCGGUGGCCAACGAGUCCAGGGUUGGCGACCCGCCUGACUCUCAGAGUGUCGUGUCCGCAGAAAGCAACCCCGCCGGGUCGGUACGUCUCGCACCCGGGGGCGGACAAGGCAACGGCGAACGAUCUUUGCCGUCGGCUGCGGUGGACGGGACGGCGCGGCUCGGCGGCACUGGUGACGGCGUCAAAGCUUCAUCGCCGCCGCAGCAGCAAAGAGACCAGGCCCUGAAAGCGCUGGCGUGUGUGAUGCGGGGGCUGGAGUCUCGCUUCGUGGCCCGGACAUCGUCGGCUUCACCGCCAUUCCAAGGCUUGAUCUCUCCGCCGCAAUCGGCCGCCGCUGCGGCGGCGGCCGGUGGACCGGGAGCACCAGACGUCACGGCCGAACCUAAGUCAGCAGCGGCAGCGGGUAACAGGGGGGGCUGGACAGCCCGGGUGCUCUCUUCGCGAGCGGAGGAACUUCUGUCGGAUCUGCUGGAGAAGGAGAAGGCGUUCUUGGCGCAGGUCAACCGGGACGGCGCUCGCGCGCUCGAGCGGUUGGCGGCGGACCUCGACAAACCCAAUGCUGCCGCCGCCGCCACCUCUGCCCCGCCGCCGCCGCCGCCACCGCCGUUUUUCCUUGCGCGGACCUCCCCUGCUCCUGCUACGCCGGCCAUAGCGGUGCCCUCCGUGCUUGCCUCAGCGGGCGGAAGAAGUGAUCUAGCCGCUCCGCGCCUGACAACAGCGGGACCGAGCUCACCGCCGGGAACGUCGACCGCGGCAGCGGUGUCCGGCGGUGAACGUGAACUUCUUUUUCAGCGGCGGCGGCGACACGUUCCCCUACGGCUCUCGGGGCCCGGCCUGGGCGACCAAAACUCGGUGUUCUCGAUGAUGCUCCGCGGCGCUUCCCUUCUCGGCCGCCACGAAAUAGCCGUCCUCCUCGCGGUGAGGUGCGCCGAGCACUUCCUAGACGCUUCGGACGUGCUGGCCUCCCCGAAGGGACCUCUAGGCAUCGGCGGCGGCGGCAGCGGUAGGCGGGGGUCCCCGGCAAUGAGGAGGGCCGGCGCCGCCGGGAGAAGCGGGAGCGAGGGCCUAGGGGCGGUUCACCUCUUGCUGACGUCGAGACGCCCCGGGGCCGACCGGCGAGCGGUAGACGCCGCCGUUACGAGCGCGACGGCCGAGUUUCUGGCCCACGCCCUGGCCGUUGUCGUCUGGGCGGUCCCGUGCGCAGCGAGGGCCGAGCUGUUCGGGGAUGGCGGCGGCGGUAGUGAUGGCAGGCGGGAGGUCGCGGCGGCGGCGGCGGCGGCGGCUGCGGCAGCGAGGAGAGCAUCGGUUCUGCGAUGCCUGGCUCGGCUGAUGAGGCACUCGAUGGAAGACGACAACACCAGGGUCCUAAACCUGUGCGUUAUCGCAUGGCAAGCGAUCGCCGCGGUUGCACCGGUGCCGAACAACGCCUCCACCCGGACCGAUACGGAGACGGGGAAACCCCUACCGUCGGAGGGACGAAGCGUGAUAGAGGUUGAGGCCGACUGGGCACAAAAAUCCCAUGACGACGAAGCGGGAAGUGUUUCAACAACAGAAUUCGGCGCGUUUGCCGGGGAGUCCGUCGUGCGAGGCCUCGUUCGCUGCCUGUGCGGCGUGGUGGUGGGCCGGUGGAAGCAGACGGCGAAGGCGCGGAAGAAGGCCUGGGUUCUGCACGCAAUGGAGGCGGUGCACGCCCUUGUACGCACCCUCGAGUACCAUCAGAGUGUCAGCUGCAGCAACGCCAUGCCAGCCACCAACAACACCAACCUCACCGAUAGCGACAGCCUCAUCGGACCGAGGCUCAGUCCGGGGGUUUCAGGCGUCGCCGGCGGUGACAGCGGCGUUAUCACCCCCUCGGCGCCGGUUGGCGCAAAGCCCGCGCGGCAUUCUUCUUCCUUUUUCUUCAACGCCAGCGAGCUCCGAGACCUUGUGAAAGCCUUGAUGGGCCUGUCGAAUCUCCCCGACGGGCCGACUCCGGCCACAGCAGCGGCAGCGGCGGCGGCGGCGACGAAAGGGGCGGGAGGGGCAGCAGGGGCGGGCGGGGGAGGAGGA